UCACUUUGAACCUUCUCAUCAUGGAGCUCUUCCGCGAUCAUAUGCAUGCAACGUCUCGGAGUGCUUGGCAGUGGCGUCCGCUUUUUCAGCAGCCUGUGCCCCAACAGUAAUGUGGGUUAACAUGACGCCUGCUGAGUCACAUGUUUCCCGAGUCUUUAUUAUUGUUGGUUGGGUUAUUAAAAUUUCAGUCAGGAAAGACUAGUAUGUAAUCCGAAAUCAAGCUUGUCAAUGUACGUUACAUCGGCAACGGCCGACCCCACCAGCUCGAGGUUGGGUCGAGGAACACUAAUUUGCCACCGUUAGCUACUAGCCGAGUCAACAACGUACUUGUCAGUUGCGACAUGAACUCUAGCCUCGUCGAAUCGGAAUCGAGGAGCGAUCUUUAUCCAGAGACUUCGAAUUCUGCCAACAGCAGACGAGCUCAAUCCAUACCUCCUAGAUCUGGUGCAUCCAGUAGCCGUAUCAUUAUGGAAAAUAGCUUGAAUCAAAAGGCCACUGUCCAUGAUGCUACCAAUGACCAGUGUGGCCCCGAAGAGGUCAUCAAAAGUCCUGGGCCUCAGGAUGGCCGUAAGCGCGUGCGCUUCCAGGAUGUCUCAUCUCAGGGUGAUGAAGAACCAGAUCGUGACGAGGACCUCGAAUCGCCGUCAAAGAGAGUGAAGAUAUUGGCCACAACAUGGACAUACACCUCUCCUCCUGACGCCUCAAACUAUAUGAAUAAGCGCAUGCUCGAACUUUCCCGUAUCACUCGCCGGGCCUUUGCUGCGAGAAUCCAAUUCCAACGCCUUCGCAGCCACGAACUUGAACUGAUGAAGUCUCUUGUCGACGAUGAAAUCGAGCAGGUCAAAACACAGAUAAAUGCAAUUGAUCUGCAGAUCGGCUCCAUCGAAGGCAUGAUUCGCGAAGGAGAAGUGGACAUAGAGAGCAAAGAGUGUAGCUUAUCCGAGGACAACAUCAGGAUGUUCUGUGGUGAUGACCAUGGCUCUGAGGCAAGUUGGCGAGAAAAAGACUCUUGUGACGUUACAAUUUCAUUUGCUUCUUGAUCUGGUUCAUACUACGUCUCAGAUGAAUCACAUUCUGAUUGACUUUAGUAACUAUCGAUCUUUAUCCGCUGUCCAUUUCUGCGUCGAUCACAAAAUGCCACGCCAAAUUUCAUCAUCCUUAUAAAAUACAUCUGCGAUAUUCCUUGUCAGUCGCCAAAGAUCAUCCACUGCAUAACGGCGGC